AUGCGUCUGUCGAAUAUUAUUCUCGCCGCCCUGCCUGCCUUCGUCUUUGCGGAGGGGGAUGAUGAGGCUACCACUACUCUCACAUCAACUUUGACUCGUACCAAGUACAUCACGCUCUCCGCAGCAGACGCCCAGUCAGCAGUGACACCCAACGCCACGACCACCACCUCUGCUACGACAACUCCUGGCAGCAGCAGCACCGGCCUGACUACUGUUACGAGCGCUAGCGCAACCGGCUCUGGUUCAUCCCAGCCUUCUUCGACCAACGAGCCCGGAGCUGCCUCUGCCCUCGACGUGUCUCGCAUUGCCUAUGCCGGCGCCUUGGGCGCUAUUGUCGUUGCCCUGAUGUAA